AUGGUCAGUUUAAAAAAGAAGCAGCACGUUCAACCCGUGGCGAAGUCUCCCAACAAUGAGGCCGAAGGGCAGCACAAGCAGGGGAAGCGGUCCCUCCCUGGGAACCCAGCCGCAACACCAGCGAAUUCUCGGCCGAAGAAGAAGCAUAAAUCGGGCGCCUCGACAGCAGCGGCUCGUGUUGCUACCGGCACCGUAAGCGAGCUGGCAACAUCGGCCACUCCGCGUUCUCCCUCCUCAGCCGCUCUCCCCGCAGCACCGACUUGUGCUUCUUCGGGUGCAGCUGGUCGUAUUCAAAUAGGAGGCGGCUUCGUGGAUUGCGCAGGCCUCGAUAAGGCGCUUAGGGCGCUGUGUCGCCAUGUACAAAAACGCCAUAACCAAGAUCAAAGCACCGAUCUGCUAGCGGGUGGCUUUGGCCCCACCGUCUGCCUGAUGUUUUCCCUCCAAAAUAUCCCCGAAAGGCAAAAGCUUAUUCCACACCUCAUCGAGUUGCCGCACAGCCCGCUUGAUCAGGGCUCAGAAGCCUGCCUGAUCGUUCGCGAUCCGCAGCGCAAGUGGAAGGAUGUGGUGGCUUCAUCAGCAUCUUUGUCAAGCUCUAUCACAAAAGUGAUUUCUUGUAAAAAGCUCCCCAAGAAGUACCCGCAGUUCCAGGAUAAGAGGGCCCUAGCUGCGGCUUUCGACUUGUUUCUGGUGGAUACCUCCGUGAAGGAGAAGGCGUAUAACGCACUGGGGAAGGCUUUUCACAGCGCCAACAGGUUACCCCUUCCGAUUCGUGUGGGAGUUAGCACGCUAGAGAGAGAAGUGGAAAAGGCUCUGCGUUGUACCUCCUUGGUCCUAAGAAGGGGCCCCUCUGUGGCCGUGCGCAUUGGUCGGGCCCUGGGCUCCCCUGAGCAUUUGUAUGCUAAUGCUAUUGCUACCAUAAAUGGAGUUUCGUCAUUUUUCAAGGAAAAUCACAAGUGGAAGAAUACGAUUACCACCAUUCACGUUCAAGCCACCGACAGUCCCGCCCUUCCGGUGUACAUUCAUCCGAAGUACAAGGAGGCAGCAGAGUUCUACAGAACCAACAAGCCCCCAAGUUUGGACGCAACGGAAAAGGGAAAGGAGGGGAAGAACGACGAGACGAAGAAAAAGGGAACACCUGACGCAGGGAAUGCCAUCACCGAUUGCCGGAAGAUCAAACGGGGGAAAAACGCUAAGCCGAAUGAGCGAAAGGAUAAGGAAAGCAAGAAACCAAAGAAACAUGCACUUACGGAAAAAGCGGGAAAACAAAAAAAUUGA